GCUAGCUAAAGUCGGUGACUUCCCCAAAUCGUGGUUCGUGGAAACUAGAAAUAGACGGUGACCGGUCCUCGUUUCUCCUCCGUCCCUAUUCCGCCGGAAAUCUCUGAGCUAGAAUCAGCGCUCGCCGUUCAGGUUUCUCCUCAGAUUGUCGAAGCUUCUCCGUUAGUCGCUGGAAAACGGUUCCUGGAUUUCUUCUUCGAGAAUAUGGCGACUGCUGCAGUCGAGACGAAGCAACCGGAUUCCUUGAUGGGAGAUCAGAUUUGCUCCGCCGCGAAAGGAGCGACUAGGCAGGGAGAAGGACUCAAACAAUACUACCAGCAGCACAUCCACGAGCUCCAGCUCCAGGUCCGACAGAAGGGUCACAAUCUUAAUCGUCUCGAAGCUCAGCGGAAUGAGCUCAAUUCCAGGGUGAGGAUGCUUAGAGAAGAGCUGCAGCUGCUUCAGGAGCCUGGGUCUUACGUUGGUGAAGUUGUCAAAGUUAUGGGCAAAAAUAAGGUUUUGGUGAAGGUUCAUCCAGAAGGGAAGUAUGUUGUUGAUAUUGACAAGAGCAUUGACAUAACCAAGAUCACUCCAUCGACUAGGGUGGCUCUUCGUAAUGAUAGCUAUGUUCUUCACCUAGUCUUGCCGAGCAAAGUAGACCCCCUCGUCAAUCUUAUGAAGGUUGAAAAGGUUCCAGAUUCAACUUAUGAUAUGAUUGGUGGCCUUGACCAACAAAUCAAAGAGAUGAAGGAGGUCAUUGAACUUCCUAUCAAACAUCCUGAGUUGUUUGAGAGUCUUGGAAUUGCUCAACCAAAGGGUGUCUUGCUGUAUGGGCCACCUGGAACUGGGAAAACACUGUUGGCCAGGGCUGUGGCCCAUCAUACCGACUGCACUUUCAUUAGGGUCUCAGGCUCUGAAUUAGUACAGAAGUACAUUGGUGAAGGCUCCAGAAUGGUUAGGGAACUUUUUGUUAUGGCAAGGGAGCAUGCACCAUCCAUCAUCUUCAUGGAUGAGAUUGAUAGCAUUGGGUCAGCUCGAAUGGAAUCUGGAAGUGGCAAUGGUGAUAGUGAGGUGCAGCGAACUAUGCUGGAGCUUCUCAAUCAGCUUGAUGGAUUUGAAGCAUCAAACAAGAUCAAGGUUUUGAUGGCCACAAAUCGUAUUGAUAUUCUUGAUCAAGCUCUGCUUAGGCCUGGCCGUAUUGACAGAAAGAUCGAGUUCCCUAAUCCCAAUGAAGAUUCCCGUUGGGAUAUCCUGAAGAUCCAUUCAAGGAGAAUGAAUCUGAUGCGUGGGAUUGACUUGAAGAAGAUAGCAGAAAAGAUGAAUGGGGCGUCUGGUGCAGAGCUCAAGGCUGUGUGCACGGAGGCAGGAAUGUUUGCACUUAGAGAGAGGAGGGUGCACGUAACACAGGAAGAUUUCGAGAUGGCAGUUGCAAAGGUCAUGAAGAAGGAGACGGAGAAGAACAUGUCAUUGAGGAAGCUAUGGAAGUAAAUGGAGAGCAUGAUGUUGGUUUAUUUCUUGUGUUCUUCAAGAACCAUUGCUUUGGGGAUUGGAGGAAAGAAACCCAGAGGGAACAAAUGGCAUGUGUAUUCCUCUCUUUUGUUUGUAUCCUUGGUUCACCCAGAGGGGUUGUGCUAAAUUAGUACAAUGUCAGUUCUUGUUGCUUGAAGAGCAAGUGGUUGCUCAUCCAUGCACGUUUGCGACGGCUGUAUUUAAAAUUUAAACGGAAGAUACAAAAGGAAUUCGGUUAAGUUUUUUUAUGAAAAAAAUGGAAGAGAAAUAGAGUUCACAAGAUGCAAAAGUAAAUAACUGACAGCGCCUGAAGCAAAAGAACUCAGAUUUGGAGAGU